AUUUGAUGGCUGUACUGUGUCCAAAGGGUCCACUGAGGAUGCUUGUGGAAACUGCCCAGGAGAGAAAUGAACCCAUAUUUCCUGCAUUAAUAUACUCUUCUGCUAUGGUUUGGAUAGUCGGCAUGGCGAAGCUUGACCCUGAAAGGGAGCCAUUACAAAAGCCAAUAAAUGCUGAUGAAGAAAUGGAGGAGAAUGAUGAUGAUGCUAACCCAGGUGACAGUGACACACAUGACCCUGUUCCAGAAAACAGUGACAGAGGCAGCAACCAAGAGGUCCACAUUCAUACAACCAGUGAAAUAAGGCAUUCUGUGGAGCAAGUGGUAGAAGAAAGAGGCAUCAAGCUUGGUCUGGGAGACUUUAUAUUCUACAGUGUCCUUGUUGGGAAAGCAGCUGCAACAGCUAGUGGAGACUGGAAUACCACACUUGCCUGUUUUGUUGCCAUCUUAAUUGGUUUAUGUCUCACACUUCUGCUUCUGGCAGUGUUCAAGAAAGCAUUGCCAGCCCUUCCCAUCUCUAUCACAUUUGGACUGAUUUUCUACUUUUCAACAGAUAAUUUAGUGCGACCCUUUAUGGACACCCUUGCAGCACAUCAACUGUAUAUUUAGACUUCAAGGACUACUGGUGGUUUGCUUCCUUCUGUUCAUUGGUUCUAAGUAAUGAUCUGCAAAACGAAGAAGAAAACAGAGAUUAAAAUGAAGAUGAAGUAUGAAACUCAGGUGUACGUGCUGUCGGUUGUACAUGUAUGCUAAAAUGUGAAAAAUCUAAAUACAAAAUCGAAAGUAAUGCUGGCAGAUAGUAUGUAUAAUUUACAGUAUAUGUCAGUGUUGUAUUUUAUCAGGUAUACAAUUUUAGAUCUCUGCUGUUUUUGGAUUGACAAAACAAAAAGUUUAUGUUGUACUGCACUAGAAUGGACAAUGAGUCAUGAAGUAUCAGUGAAGUGUGUGUAGGGGUCAGUGACAGUAGCAGAGCCUGUCAUUAUAAGUACACUGGAGCAGUAUAAAAGUAACAAUUGCUAUUGUGCCUGACUUAUGUAAAUACUAGUAAUUUACAUUUUCAUUCUUUUGCAUUUUGCCUUGUGUUAUCUUCAAUUACAUAAAGACUGUAUGGUGGUAUAGUCAAAUGUCUAUACACUUUUGUUUGGUUAUGGUACUAAAGAAGGUACAUGUAUAUAUAUUUGUAAAGCUGUGCCCAUUUGUUUCAUAAAAUAUUACCUACAAAGUAUGCAUCUUCUGCUGUUAUCAUCAUUAGUGCAAGACCUGAGUUUCACAGUGUGUACUAAAGUUCAAGCCCAGCAAGGUACACAUGCUGUACUACCACAUGAAUGUUGUUUCUUUUAUAUUCGACUUCUGCAGCAUUAUAAGCUUAAACAUGCAAAGCUUACAAUCACUUCACAUAAAAUAUUUAUUUUCACAGUUCUCUGAUUGUAUGUUCCUCAAAUGGAUACUAUUUUUUAUAAAAACAAAACAAAGAGCUGUUGUAUUUGUUCCCAGUGCAGGCUAGUCAUUUGAAAAACUUGAAAACACUUUUAAUGUGUAGAGUUUUAAAUCAUUAUGUAAAAUUUAUCAAAAAAAUGCAUUACAUUAGUGUGUUGCUGUCAUAGCAGCUCGUGGGGACAGCAGUGCUUGUUCUGAUAUGCAAACAGUUGUAAUCAUAUUAAAAUGUUUAAUUUUUCA